UCUCUCUACUAGUCUCGUUCACUCGUUUGCAAAAAUAAAAAUAAAAAGUCUCCUUCGAACUAAAACCCGACCCGUUUACGCUCCGCGGGCUCCCACUAUAAAUAUAACCCACUCCCAUCCCUCUCUCCGUCAAUCACAAGCCUAAUACGACAGAACCGCCGUUUGAGUUUCACGGACGUUUUACCGUUUCUUCCUCCUCAAGACGACGGCGACCGAUUCGGUCUUCUAGAAAAAUCUACCCUAUAUAUACGCGAAAGUCGCCGCCGGCAGCACAAUGCCGCCGACGCCUGUCAAAUUGCAGUCGUGUCUGCCGUGGUGCCUGAAGGCGAAGGGAGGCGGCGGCCGGAAGGAAGCGCAGGCGAAGAAGAAGGAGGAGGAGGCUCCGAAGCAGAGCGCGUUUCAGUUCCGGAGGGUUUCGGUGUCCGAUCUGAGCUCCUCCACGCUCUCCGAGGACAUCUCUAGCUCCCUGAUCGGUUCGAAUCUCUGCAUUUUCACGGUUCAGGAGCUCCGAGUGAUUACUCACGGUUUCUCGGCAAGUAAUUUCCUCGGCAAGGGCGGAUUCGGCCAGGUCCACAAAGGAUUCGUGGAUGAUAAGAUCCGACCCGGAUUGAAGGCCCAGCCAGUCGCCGUCAAGCGCCUGGAUGUGGAUAACGGAACUCAAGGCCAGAGAGAAUGGCUGACAGAAGUGAUAUGUCUUGGGCAAAUGAGGCAUCCCCAUGUGGUGAAGCUGAUAGGGUAUUGCUGCGAAGACGAUCACAGGCUAUUGGUAUAUGAAUACAUGCCCAGAGGCAGCUUGGAGAAUCAUCUCUUUGGAAGAUAUUCCGCGUCCCUUCCAUGGUCUGCCCGGAUGAAGAUAGCCGUGGGCGCUGCAAAGGGCCUAGCUUUCCUUCACGGAGCGUCAAAACCUGUCAUCUAUCGCGAUUUCAAAGCUUCUAACAUCUUGCUUGACUCGGAAUACAAUGCCAAGCUAUCGGAUUUCGGGUUAGCGAAGGACGGGCCCGAAGGCGACGACACGCACGUCACGACCCGAAUCAUGGGCACGCACGGGUACGCGGCGCCAGAAUACGUGAUGACAGGGCACCUGACAUCCGCGAGUGACGUGUACAGUUUCGGAGUCGUGCUGUGUGAGCUUCUCAUGGGCCGGAAGUCGAUCGACAAGAGCAGGCCGUCGAGAGAACAGAACUUGGUGGACUGGGCGAGGCUUCAGCUAAGGGACCCGCGGAAGCUUCGCCGCAUAAUGGACCCCAGGCUUGAAGGCAUGUACUCCGAAGACGGGGCCCAAAAGGCCGCCGGCCUGGCGUACCAAUGCCUUAGCCAGAGGUCGAGCCGAAGGCCGGCUAUGAGUGAAGUGGUCAGGGUUUUGGAGCCUUUGAAGGACUAUAAGGACGUUUCUAAUGCCACAUUUGUGUACAUAGCUCCUUCAGCUGGGAAAGGAUUUGGUGUACAUAAGCAUAUAUAGUACCAAAAGUGCCUUAGUCUAGAACAACUGUGUCCAUUUAUUAGGAGCUUUGUAAUGUAGAGAAAGUGUAAUUAAAUUGUGUAAUUAGGGCAUGAGAUGCAUGAAAAUGGCACAUGCAGAACUUGCUGGAGCAAAACUGCUCCCCACUUUUUUUUUGUGAUUUUUUAAAUAGUUGUUUCCAUUUGUAUUUAUGAAGGUAAUUAAGAAUGAAAUGAAAGUGAUAUAUGCAUUAAUUCAAGUAUUAACAACGUGGAUUAUAAUGGAUUAGUUGUGUAGAAAAAAUUCUUAUCUUAAUUACUCAUAGAAUUUGAAAUAUUCAAUGAAUACUUCAGCUUUAG